AUGAUAACACUUUCCAGAACCAGAUUUCCGGGAAGCACUGUUCCCCUAUCCUUACCAGGGAGGAACCUCAGCAUUGCACUGCCUGGAGAUGGCGUGCAAACCCUGUUCAGGCACUCGAAAGAGUACGUCCCGGUUCCCGGAUUGUUCGACGCUUUGUCUGUUUUCUUUGGCUUGACGGCCUCAGACUUUGCUAUCUUCGAUCACGACCACAUUGAGGCGUUCGAGGAUCGCGACGCCGAAGGCUUCAGAACCAAUCAUGCAGACCCAUCACGACGAAUCAUCGAGCAUCAACGCAGAGACUUUACGAAGUUCCUCAACGGGGAUAGCUUGAGAGAGAUCAUGAAGAGGUUCUCACACAACUUUGAAGUCGAGCUCCGAGGCCAAGUCGCUGAGAGCUCGUCUCCAACUCAACUGCCGGAUCUAUACCGGUUCGUCCGAGACGCCAUUUUCAAAGCCGAAGUCGAGGCUCUCUACGGAGAACAUGUUUUCUCUGUCUGCCCGACCUUUUGCGAAGACUUCUGGGAGUUCUACGACGCAUUCCCUGUCAUCUCUCGCAAACUACCCAGGUGGAUGUUUCCGUCGAAGUACCAGAAGAGAGACAAGAUGCUCAAGAACUUCCAAGCAUGGAGACAACAUUGCCAUUCACUAUUUGACUGGAACAACGAAGAGCUUGUCAACAGUGACUACGAACCAAUUUGGGGGACUCGGUACGUGCGAAGGAUGGUCCAGCGCCACGAGAAGCUGGGGUUCUCGGAUCCAGGAAUAUCAACCGUUAUGCUUGGCUAUUUGUUCGUGUAA